UAAUAGUGUUGCGUACGAUUUUAUACGCAUUGCUUGUGAGAUCGGGUUGGCUGCACAGCUGCACCUAACUGAAAUUCAUGUUAAAUAUUGGUGUGAAGAGAGGUUUGGACAUUCACCCUUGGACUGCCCUUCAGUCACUUGACUGGAGUUUUUCCUCCUUCUUGCCUCUCUCUCUCUCUCCCUCUCCAAAGCUCAUUUUGGUUUCCCCACUGCAGGAACUUGAUCUUGCCUGUUUUCUUCCUCUUGUCUGUUUCUUUGUCUUUGUUGUCUCAUUUGGAAUUUUGGGUUGAGUGUCUGGGAUGAGUGUCCGUCUGUUUGAAGGGACAGAGCAUGCUCUCUCCUACUGGAAAUACAGGAUCUCUCCAUCAGAAGAACUCAUCAACAAGAUUUUAAACUUCCUGGAAAAACAUAGGAGUCGGCCCUUUGAGCUGGUGGUGGAUGUGGGCUGUGGGUCGGGGCAGGGCACUGUGCUGCUUGGCCCACACUUCUCCAAAGCAGUGGGGACUGACAUUAGUCCAGCUCAGCUGGAGAUGGCCAUUCAGCAUUCCACAGCUGAGAAUAUCACAUACAGAGAAUGCCCUGCUGAGCAACUUCCUUUUGAAAACGCCACGGUGGACCUUGUGACAAGCAUGGUAGCGUUUCACUGGUUUGACCAACCACGCUUCCUCAAAGAGGCAGACAGAGUACUGAAGCCUCAAGGAUGCCUUGCACUCCUAAACUACACCAUGGACAUGGAGCUUAGCUACGGAGACUGUUCAGACGCUCUCAAUCAAAUCUGCAAGGAGGUAUAUGAUGCUCUAAUGCCAUACAGUAACUCGUACCUGGAUGCUAACGUGUUUGACCCUUACAAGAAAGCCUAUGAGACGCUUGAAUACCCUGACAAGGAAUGGCAUGAAAACCUUUGGGUGAGAAAGAGUGUUCCUGUGUCUAACUAUAUUGGAAUGGUAGAAUCCUUCUCUAACUACCAGGCUAUUUUACGUGAAGACCCAGAGAAGGCCAGAAGACUUUCCCAGGACACAACUGAGAGGUUACUGAAGGCGAUGGGGGUGACGUCUCCAGACACAGAAGUUGUCAUGUCCAUCAGGUAUUACUGUCUGCUGGCCCGCAAACCCUAGCUGGCAGAGUUUGCCCAAGACCUACCAUGUUAGUUAGGGAAAGUUAGGCUUUUUUUACGCCAAUCUGCAAAAGAAAUUCUUACCAAUAGUUUUUUUUU